AUUGAUAUUCUAUUUCUAUAUGAAAUCAUAACAUAACCUUAAACAUAUAAGUUUAUAAGGUUUAUAAGCAGAGUAGAAGCUUUCAUGUAGCUUUAAAACUGUUUGAAACCUUGAAAAUGUUUUGAGAGAUCAGCUGCUAUAGCUGUCAAGCACAUUUAAAAACUUAAUUUAUAUAAUAAAUAGUAGGUCUUUAGUUUGCUGAAACUUCUAUAUUAAUGCGUCAUGAAAGACAUAGUUUCAAACUCCACAUUUCUGAAAGAAGAGGUUGCGGUUGGUAAUGGAGAGGCUUCUCAAGAAUCUCCAGCUAAAGAAAAAUUAAGGGGCUGGUUGAAUCGUCUUCUUCGAAUAAAAAUGACGGAUGGUCGUGUUCUAACUGGAGCAUUUUUAUGCACUGAUCGAGAUGGAAAUGUUAUUCUGGGUUCAUGUACAGAAUAUCUUUCAGAAGAACACAAAAUGACAGAAGCAAGAACUUUGGGUUUAGUCAUGGUACCCGGCCGACAUAUAGUAACCAUUCAGUUAGAUGCAUAAAUUCUAAAACCUAGAAAUAUUUAAUUAAAAAUAAUAUUAACUCAAUGUUUUUAAAAUCAAUGUUAAAUUCUCCAGUGUUUUACAGAGAUACAAAUAUUACUCGCGAAAUAUUUACAAUUGUUUUUUCUUCAGUAAGAUUGACUAAUUGACGUUAUACAGUGAAUUUUGAAACGUCAGUUUGAAAUAAAUCCAACUGAUUUCA